GUAGCGGCAUCACGCUCUCUCAGGGAGGGAGUCUCCUCCCUUCCUCUUCGGCCUGAAGGCCCUGACUGGCCGCCGGCAGCCGGAGCUCAACCGGCUUUUCAUCGCUCCGUUUCAGGUUAUGGAUUGAAAGAACCAGAGAACCACAAGUGGGGAUUUCUGAGAAUCCCGGUGCUCAGGAUUCAGGAUUUGAAUGUCCGUUUUCUCUCUUUAUAGUUAUCAUCCGCUACCAUGUCACGACCAAGGAGACACAACUGAAGGAUAUUAAUACGAAUAUUAAUUCCAGGAUGAACUGAGCCGGGCAUUCUAAUUCCAUCUGAAUUAGCGGAGCGGGUGCUGGGAAUGGGAGUUGGAAAGGUGAUCAGAAAAUAUUUGUGAUUUGUGGAUGAGAAGCAGUCACUGGAUCGGAUUCCUUGCGGAAAGACCCGGUCAGGGAAGGAGGAAGCAAAGGCAACUGCGGCAACCGAACCGACAACCGGGGGGAGGGGUGGGGGAGGGAGAGUGGGGCACCGACGAGGAUGAGAAGAUGGAUUUACUUUUUGGACUCUUGUGGCUGUUGACCAGCUUCCUGCAGGGCGUGCACAGCCAGGGCGUGUAUGCACCCCCUACAGUGCGAAUUGUCCAUGCAGGUCAGGCCUGUAAUGUGAAGGAAGAGCAACACAGCGAGAGGGUUUACGUCAUCCGAGAGGGAGAAACUCUGGAACUCCAGUGUCUUGUCACUGGACAUCCUCGACCUCAGAUGCGUUGGACUAAGACAUCAGGUGGCGCCUCGGAUAAUCAAGGAAAGUUGUCACUGAAAGGUGAAACUCUAAAAAUUGAGAACAUCAGUCGCCAGCAGGGAGGACGCUACUACUGCAAGGCUGAGAACGGACUGGGAUUCCCGGCCAUACGCUCCAUACGAGUGGAUGUCUACUACUUGGAUAAACCAGUUAUCACUGUGCAUCAGAGUGAUGACGAAGCAAAGGAACAGUUCUACUUUGAACGUACCGUCUUUCUUCGUUGUGCUGCCAACUCGAACCCUCCUGUCCACUACACCUGGACAAGAGACAAAGAGGUGCUGGCAGAGGGCUCUGACUCAGGAGUGGAGAUAUACAAGCCAUUUUUCACACAGGGUCAGACGAAGAUCUUGAAGCUGAAAAAUCUACGUCUGCAGGACUAUGCUGACUACACCUGUUUUGCUUCUGUGAAGAAUUCCUGUGGCAUUAGAGACAGAAGUACCCACUUCAUUCUCAACAACAAGACAGCUCCUCCCUCUGUAAAAAUACUUUUGGAUGAUCCUGUGGUGGCAAAUCCUGGAGAGACGAUCACUCUUGUUUGCAAAGUGAUGGGUGGACAUCCUUUUCCAAAACUAACAUGGUUUAGGUUAGAAGAUGAGGAGCUACCGAGGAGAGCUAUUGUCAAAGACGGUACACUGACGGUCCCUGUUAUUAGUGAUGACGAUGGAGGAACUUACACCUGUGUUGCAUCCAACAACGUAGGAAACCCUGCUAAGAAAUUCAUCACCAUAUUGGUCAGAGGACUACAUAAAGGUCGGUUCUGGAUCACACCAGACCCGUACCACAAUGAGGACAACAUUCAAAUUGGUCGGGAGGUCAAGAUUAGCUGCCAGGUGGAAGCCACACCUUCAGACGAGCUGCAGUUCAGCUGGCUAAAGAAUGGCCGGCCGUUGAAGAGCUCUGAGCGAAUGGUCAUCACCCACACUGACCCUAAUAUCUCACCAGGAACCACCAACCUUGACAUAAUUGAUCUAAAAUUUACAGACUUUGGCACCUACACAUGUGUGGCAUCACUGAGAAAUGGAGGAAUCCCAGAGAUCAGCAUUGAUGUAAAUAUUUCUUCAACCACAGUUCCUCCUGAACUUUCAGUCCCAAAGGGGCAAUCUCGACUCAUAGUUCUGGAAGGAGACACUGUUGACCUCCAGUGUUUGGUCUCAGGAAAACCCAAACCCAUCAUUAUGUGGUCUCGGGUCGAGGAGAGUGGGCAAAUUGCAGCACUAGCCCCUGUGAUGCCUGAUGGCUCAGCAGAGAUGGAGAGCUAUGAUGGUAUACUGAGAAUCUACAACGUGACGAGAAAGAUGAGCGGGGCAUACCGCUGCCAAACAAGCCAAUACAACGGAUUCAAUGUCAAACCCAGAGAGGCCCUGAUUCAUCUUGUGGUGCAAUUCACUCCGACUGUGAAGCCUGUUUACACAGAGGUACGUCAGGCACUUGGCCGACCAUUCACCCUCACCUGUAACUUACUGCAAGCUUACCCAGCUCACCAUCUGCAGUAUGAGUGGAAACUGGGCUCACGCCUACUCACUGUCGGUCAGUUUAGUGACCAAAGCCAUGACACCAGUUACCAUGUUAAAGCUCUGAACCGAGAAGGCUACGGCGAGUACACCUGUAACAUCACCAAUGAAGCCGGGGCAGGUUGGUGCACCUUCCUUCUUACAGGAAAAGCCUACAGACCAGAGUUUUAUCAUGACACCUUCAAUGCUCUGUGGGAGAACAGACCUCAAGUCUACGGCUUCAAACUUCAAUGGACUCAGAUGGAGCCCAAUUCUGUGGAUCGAAUUAUGGCCUAUCGGCUUGGCAUCAGGCAGAUGGAUCAGACUCGCUGGUGGGAGCAAGAGAUUCCUAUUGGUGGACCCAUCCAAAAGGGGCAGCUGCUGACUUACAACCUGACAGAACUGAUCAAACCUGAGUCCUACCUGGUGCGUCUCACCCCUAUUACCCGAUACGGUGAGGGGGAUGCUUCUGAACGCACAAUCACAUACAGCGCUCCUGUUAACCCACAUCUCAGGGAGUUCCACUGUAGUUUUGAGGAGGAGGCGUUAUGCUCAUUCUCUCAAGACAAGUCGGAUGAAUUUGACUGGAUAAGACAGAGUGGCACCAAAGAGGGCACCACAUACACACCCAAUACAGGACCGAGCUCUGACCACACCGGCUCAAGUCCAGGCUUCUACAUGUUCAUUGAGACAUCCAGGCCCGGGCUGGAGGGGGACAAAGCCCGUCUGAUGUCCCCAAUUUUCAACAUAAACACAAAAAGUGUCUCCUCCUCUUCAGCCAGUAACAAUCCCAUCUACUGCUUUACCUUCUUCUACCACAUGUUUGGGAAACAUAUAGGAGCUUUGAAUAUUUUCUUGCGGUUGAAAGGUCAGAUGCUCACAGAUGCCUUAGUCUGGAGUCUUACUGGUAACCAAGGAAACUACUGGCAGCAGGCAAGGGUUAACAUCCAUCCAACCACAACCUUUCAGGUGGUGAUGGAAGGAGUCAGAGGCUCGGGUAUUGAAGGCAAUAUCGCUAUUGAUGAUGUUACCAUUGAGGAGGGCGAGUGCAAAGACUCUCCAUCUAACAAUCUGAAGUCACUUGCUUCACUGCCAUCGUAUUAUGUGUCUCUACUCUACAUCAGUCAAAGUCUGCUGCUGAUUGGCUGGCAGAGGUGACACCAUCAGCACCUUUUCCGUCUUCUAAUUACCUCUCAUGCAAGCUUCCAUGACUUUUGACUGUGGCCCAAGGGAUCUGUUUUACACCUCACAAUUGGAAACAGAGCAGAACUGUAUUUGCUCUAUCAAGGGGAAAAUAAAUUUCUCCUUUAGUCACAUCUUAUUUGCUUUUUAUCUUGUCAACAGUUCAACCUAUGAUAGGUUUAGUUUAAAUCUACUGCUACAGGAAGCUGAAGCUACUUGUCAAAAGAUUCCUUUAAAAUUGAUUGGUAUGUAAGAACAUCAUACUCAGUAUGUAUUUAUGAAAUGAUUUAUGCUAUGAAAUAUAGUCUGCAUCAGCAGUCUGUUGUGUAGCAUUGCCCAUCACACUGAACAGUCUGCUGCACUACAGAAAGAAGUCCAAACAGUGGUACAUGUCACUGUAGUAGCUGUCAAGUGAAGAGGAUUAUAUAAAAUUAAUAAAAAGCUUAAGGUUUAAACUUUUUAAACAUUUGUUUAAAGGUUAUUCGAUAAUUUAGUGAGGCCCUAUAUCAUGAACAUGGCUUCAGUCAGCCUUUAAUGUGGACACUUGAAAACACAUAUCACCACAAAACCCAACUGCAUUAGUUUGUACUGUAACACUUUUAAUUGGUUCAAAUAUUCUCAACAGGACAAUGAGUUUUUAUGUAGAUAUACCAAAUCAAACAAAUAAUUACUUACAAUCACAAAAACACAUUUCCCAUAGCUUCAAUGGAGUCUCAAUGUACCCCGUCUGACAUCACUUUCCAGGUUAAACAAACUUGGAAACCAUUUCUUGCUUAAACUGGUGGUUAAGAAAAAAAGCAGUUGGAAGUUCACCGAUCAUGUUUUGUCUAUCACUUAUUUGCUUCCCCUCACCUUUCUGUGCUCGAAUUCUAUAGAUCAGCUGUACUGUAUUGGACACACAGUCUCUUUACUCUUUUAAUCUAGAGAGGUUCAGAGAAAAAAAGUAUUUUCAGAGUAUAUUUUAAUGUUGGUCCGUCUGUGUUAGACAUGAAAACAACAGCUCACCUUCUGCCAUAACAUGAAGUGCCUUAAAAUGAGAGAAGAUUGCCCAAAGACUGGCAUCAAUACUUAGCCGGUGUCAGACAUUAUUCUGCAUGAUGAAGGGCAAUUUAACCAAUUAGCUUACACAAGAUUUUGUAUUAGUAUGGAAAUAGUUUCUCAACUUGUUUCUUUUUCUUUCUGUUGGGAUAUUAGCAUAAGUGUUACCAUAAGCCAUAUAAGCCAUAUGAAUGGCUGUGAGAAAAAUGGCCAGGAAAUGGAUUCUUUAUAUUGACACCAACUUUUUCAAUUAACAUUUUCUAUAUUAAAUGUUUUGCGUUUAAUAUAGAAAAUGCAAAACAUAUUAACUGUUUGAGGAACUUUGAAUCUGUUAAAAAACAAAGGAUUUCAUAUUUUUAAAUCAAUGGCAUCCAAGCCUUGGACUUAGUG